CAGCUGCGAGUUCGUCGCCGCAGUGUUUGGUAGUCCUUCUUAUGGACAUCACGUUCUACUCGACCGACCCAUGGAUAGGAUAGAUCGUAAAUCGUUCUAACGCGUUUCUAUUACCUAAAAAUAAUAAUAAUAAUAAUAAUAAUAAUAAUAAUAAUAAUAAUAAUAAAUAAUAAUAAUAAUAAAUAAUAAGAAUUAGUGGAUUAUAGUAGUUCGUUCAAGUGGAGUAUUUCGUAGAUGAUUUCAGCGGGGAUCGUUAAAUCGACGACGUUUCUUCGUAGGCACGUCGUCGUUAUUCUACUUGUUGUAAUAGUUGUCAUCGUCUUUGUCGGAAACGUCGACAGAGGAUAAAUACGGAGGAGCGUCGAGAUGUGAAGUCGCAGUCGUUGGAAGCGAUGUGGCUUCCAUUCGUAUUGCUCGCCUUGAUGGCGAGCGGUUCCGCUUGUCCCGAUCUUUGCAUCUGUCAACAAGGUGUCAUCGUCGACAGGGAUUCGCCGGUAUUCGCGGAUGUGACGUGUCGCGGUCGCGUGCCGGAAUUAUCGGACUUACCCGAUAACACGAGGAGAUUGUCCGUGGAGGAAGCAGAGGAACACGAGGUAACAAGUUUUUUGAUCGAGCUCGAGACAUCGAAUUAUCUCGAGUCAAACGCGACGUCCUCGACGACGACUACAACGUCAACGACGUCAACGACGACAACGACGACGACGACGACGACGACGACGACGACGACGACGAACGAGAGCCGAAGCGCUCCUAUCGAGACGGCGCUCCCCUAUUUGGACGAAUUGACGAUGACGAACUGUUCGCUGACGUUCUUAAACGUCUCGUGGCAUGGUUUUGAACGACUACGAUCGUUAAAUCUGUCGUACAACGAGCUAGCACACUUGAGUGACGCGCGAGUGUCGAGUCUCAUCGGUUUGACGUGUCUCGAUCUAUCGAAUAAUUUAUUGAAGGACGUGAACGUCGGCAUUUUUAGGACGCUCAGUGAACUGGCGCGCUUACAUUUACGACAUAACGAGAUCGCGAUGGUGCACGAGGACGCGUUUCGCGGCUUGGAUCGUCUCGAGUUCCUCGACUUGUCGGAUAAUAGGCUAGCGGACUUACCGGAUAGCGCCUUGACGCCUCUUUACUCUCUUCAAAAGUUAGAUCUCAGCGGUAACCAACUUCAAGUCCUCGGCGCGAGAUGGUUCGAGAGUCUCGAUAAACUUCGAGAACUUGAUGUCUCAAGGAACGGUUUGGCAAAGGCCGCUUCGGGAACUCUGCAACCUUUACCAGGACUAUCGGUUUUGAGAUUAGCGGAAAAUCCUUUGGAGGAGAAGGAUGUGUCUCUCUUACUCGGAACCGGGAGAAGAUUAGAAACAGUGGACGCUUCGCGUACGGGUCUUGCAAGAGUUCCAGCAGCCCUAACCAGAUCCGUUAGAGCGUUACGUUUAGCCGGCAAUAAGUUGACCACUAUCAGAGGCGGUGACCUCGACAGUUAUCCUCUCCUACGAAUGUUGGACAUUUCCGAUAAUCGUCUAACUGAGAUCGAAGACGACGCUUUAGGGCGAUUGGAAGUGCUCGAAGAGCUUGAUGUUUCUGGAAAUCUUUUGACCAAGACUCCCGGAAGUCUACCUAGUAGCUUAACCAUUCUGAACCUCCGGCGAAACGCCAUAACCGUUUUGAAAGGAAACGAUUUCCAGGAACUUCGUAAUUUGAGAUCUCUCAUGUUGAACGAUAACGAUAUCGGUCAAAUCGAAGUUGGGUCAUUCAGUCAACUGGUCUCGCUAAAUGAACUUGAUCUGUCCGAUAAUCCUGUCAAAGCGUUGACUGUUAAUGCUUUGAGUGGUCCAAGUAAUCUUGCCAAGCUUCGUAUUUCCGGAUUAACGUCCCUUCAAGAAAAAUCCCAACAACAAGGUGACAUGGCAUUUCCCGUACAGACACCGGAAAGACUCAUUGUUCUCAAUGUUUCGCGAAGUCCCGUUCUUGCCAGACAGUUAUUGACGGACGACGCUGCCCUAUCCGCUUGCAAAAGUCUCCUCGAAUUAAACCUUUCCGAGACGAAUCUUACGACCCUUAGAUCCGAUUUGCCGUACUUGUUACCGCAACUUCGUAUAUUACGACUAACUGGAAACGAGUGGAAUUGCACGGAGGAUCUCUACUGGUUAGGGCAAUGGUUAAGAGAGCACAAAGGGCAAACCUACGAUCUCGAAAUCUCUCAAUGCGCAGCUCCCGAGGAAUUAUUAGGAACUUAUCUACACGAUCUACCCUCACCACCCAUAACACUUUCCACGUUGAUAUCGACCAGUAGAUCGACCCCAUUGACCGCAUCGCCGAAUCUUCUCGUACUCGACCGAACUUCAAACGAAACGAUCGAUUCCUCUUUCACGUCUUACUCUAACGAUAUUAUCAACGGAUUCGCGAAUAUCACGGAGUCAACUUUCGAAACUAACGAAGAGGAGGAGUUUGCUAAUUAUUCUAACUUGGUGAAAACGACAACUCGCGAAGUUAUCAGUUCAACGAACGAAAUGGACGUCAAAUCUGUGGAAAAUUCAACGAUAAAGACGACGAACGUACCUCCCGUUUACGAGGCACCGACGUCCUUUAGAAACAUAACUUCGCCGACGUUAAAAGGUACGGACUUGAGAAGAAAAGACAAUAGCGUUCAAAAUUUACGGCGCAAGGUAAAAGGAAAGUUGAUGAUCGAUAUGAAAGAAGAUGACAAAGCUACAUUUUCUUCCAUCAACAUUAACGUCCCCGAAGCAAAAGGCAAAACUGAGAAGAGCGAGAAGAUGAAAAAGUUUUUAACGAAUUCCAGUAAAGAUUUGUCUCCAUCGUUGAAGAUAUCUAAGUUUACAGAAUAUCCAAGGAGUGAGGAAAAGACUAUGACGACGACGACGAUGACGACGACGAAGACGAAGACGAAGACGACCAUGUCGGAGAAGUACCUGACGAAAGAAAAUAACUUGACGAAAGAAAAAUAUGUAUUGACUAACGGGAUAGUAUCUAAUACGAUAGCAGAAGAAUUGAACGGUCGUGCGACCGAUUCUGGUACUCGAUUGUCCGAACAAUUAUCUGGCGCUCAUCCCGGAAUGUUGAUUCUCGUUGGUGCUGCUUUAGGUGCGGCUGCAGCUUUGACCGUAGUUUUAUCCAGACGUGCUACCGUUCGUCGAAGAGAUAGAUACCAUCGUCACGAAAACAUCGAAGUUCAUACGUUAACACCGAGCACGGAACUUUGGUGACCAGAAUCGGAGUGCGCCAGACUCUUCGAAAGAGACAGGCGACUUGAGGAACAACAAGAGAGGACGCGAGAAUCGAUACUCGAACGAUCGAGGAAAGUUAUUCUUGCCGAAUAUCUCAGGAAGAUUCUCAAGUAAUCUCGAACAUGUUGCCUCGGUAUCGAUAUCGUGAAACUCCAACGAUUUAUAAACUUUACUUACUUCGUCGACUCUCUUUCAAAGAACUAAGAUUACUAUCUAUGAGAUCUGUUUUCAAAACGUAUAACAUUUUCGAACGAACGUACCCUAUAGACGGAUAUUUUGUCGUUCGAUUCGAUCGACGCCAUUCGAUCUUGAAAAACGUUUUAUCACAGGCAAAGAAUAAAAACAAAAUACGAUAUGUAUAUCAAGAAUACGUUUUUGAGAGAACGUUCGAAACUACAUGAACAAAAUGAAAGUCUAAAUAAUUUCAAGACUUGACUCAUCGAUACUGGAUUCGUAGAUAUUCGAACACAACAUAGAAGAACAUAAUAUUAUAGUAAGUACGAGUUACGUUUGUUGAAAAAGUUGGAAAACAAACUGUGUAUGCAGGUUUUGCGAAAGGAGUCAUAAAAAAGUGUUAAAGAAAGAUAGAAAGAGAGAGAGAGAGAGAGAGAGAGAAGGAGAGAGGGAGAGAGAAAGGAAGAUAAAGAGAGGAUAAUAGAGAAGGACCUACGAAAGGGUAAGUGAACGCGCGCGCACGCGUGUAAAACAAUACACCGAGAACACUUACGUCCUGUCUCGUUUCUCAACGAGAGAAACUACGUUGACGUUGGUGACGGCGCGACGUUGAAAACCGAACGCAUGAAACGGGCGACAGAGAAAGUGACAAUAAUCAUAUGACGAAGGGAGUGUGUCGCUCGGGUUACAAGCUCAACUUACUUUUGUGGUGCACUGGGGAAAAUGGACUCCUUGCUAGAACGCAAGUGAGUGCAAAAAGGAAAUAAAAAAGGAAAGAAAAGAAAAGAAAAGAAAAGAAGAAAAAAAAUAAAAAGAAAAAGAGGCAAUAACGUUCGGAGCGCGAAAUAGAAGAUGAUAGGCGUGGUAGUUUGAAAAUGGACGAUGAUGGCGGUCAACAAAAAAGAAAACCACGGUGGCGAAAUGUGCUUCGUAUAAUGGAACGAAGGCGAGUGCUUAAAAAAAGAAAAAAAGAAAGAAAGUGAGAGAGAGAGAGUGUGUGUGUGUGUGUGUGUAUGUGUGAGAAAGAGAGAGAGAGAGAACUAGAGUUGCUCGAAAGAACUUUUAUCGAGCGCUGCAUGAACGAAAAAAAGCAGUGCAUUUGUAUGUAUGUGUGUAUGCGUGAAUGAGAGAGAGAGAAAGAGAGAGAAAUAGAAAGGGUUUGCUUGCGUGUUCGGCUACAAAUAAAUACGUAUAUACGAAUGCGAGAAAGCUCGGAGAGUGAGAGAGAGAAAAAGCUCAAAUACGAAACCAUUAUCGGCGGUGACAGCAUCGAGUGUACUGAAA